AUAUCGAUCGAUUGAUUGAUUGCACGGCCGGGUGAUCAAUUUACGAAUCAAAAUGGCGAGUUCUAUGACGAAAAUUUUCCGGGCUGCUGCCGUGCAGCUAUCCAAACAACACAUUAAAGGCAGUCAGCGAUGCUUUUCUGCUACAGCUGUGACAAAGCAGUCAGAUGAUAUGAAGACAGUCACCCUAAUUCCUGGCGAUGGUGUGGGACCAGAACUCAUGCAAUCAGUCAAGGAGGUCUUUAAAGCUGGUGGUGUUCCUGUGCAAUUUGAUGAAAUCUUUAUCAGUGAGGUGAUGGAUCAUCAAAGUGCUGGUGUUGAUGAUGUUGUGGAUUCCUUGAAGAAGAAUCAUGUAGCACUCAAAGGAAUCAUCCACACACCUACUGCAGGUGGCACAGGAAAGCUGCAAACGCUCAACAUGAAACUAAGGAAUGAGCUGGACCUGUUUGCCAAUGUUGUUCGCUGUCGAACUAUCCCUGGUGUGAAGACUAGAUACUCUAAUCUGGACUUUGUGGUCAUCAGGGAACAGACAGAAGGGGAAUACAGUGCACUGGAACAUGAGAGUAUACCUGGAGUUGUAGAAUGUUUGAAGAUCAUAACGAGAGCCAAGUCAGAAAGGAUUGCCAAGUUUGCCUUUGACUAUGCCACAAAACAUGAUAGGAAGAAGGUCACUGCUGUUCACAAGGCUAACAUCAUGAAGCUAAGUGAUGGCCUAUUCCUUGAGAGCUGUCGGCAGAUCUCAACUCUCUACCCUAAGAUAGAGUUUGAGGCCAUGAUCGUUGAUAACACCUGUAUGCAGCUGGUCUCCAAUCCUCAUCAGUUCGAUGUCAUGGUUACACCCAAUCUCUAUGGCAACAUUGUUGAUAACCUCGCUGCCGGUCUAGUGGGUGGUGCUGGAGUGGUUCCAGGAGAGAACUUCUCAAAAGAUUAUGCAAUCUUUGAACCGGGAGCAAGACACACCUUUUCUCAAGCUGUUGGUCGAAGCAUUGCCAACCCUACCUGUAUGUUACUGACUGCUGCCAACAUGCUCAAACAUCUCAACCUUGAAGUGUAUGCCAAGACAAUGACUGAUGCUAUUGAGAGAGUCAUCAAGGGUGGAAAAGUUCGAACUCAAGAUCUCGGUGGCUAUGCAACAACCCAUGAAUUCACAAAUGCAGUCAUCAGCAACAUGAGAUAGACGGCCAUGUUCUUACUUGCCAUUUUCUAAGGAGAUUUCAAAGACUUGAAGAAAUCAACAUAUAUCUCAGUAUUUAUUUGAAUAGAAAGAUUCAUUUUUACUGUUGCAGAAGAGUAUUAUAUCAUAUUGAUGACAAAUGGUGUUUAAGUGCGAAUGAGAAUUCUACCUAAAUGAAUUUCAUACACACGAUGAAGUCUGAAUAUUCUGGUCAACAAAACUGUUUUGUUCUGAAAGAUGCUCUCCUCCAACAAGAAAUCAUAUACAUUUUUUUGUGUGUGCCAAAUAUGAAAAAAAAUACCUGUACUGUGAUGUGUCUGUCUGGCACAAAUUGACUUCAAAUUCAAAUUUAGUUGUGGGGAAAAUGUACAUGGUAGAAUUCACAAAGGUAGAUUUAAAAAGUUGGUUUUGAUAUUGUUGUUUGAAACCAGGAUUUAUACAGAUUUCUUUCUAAAACUUAGGCUGAGUAUGUUAGAAGAAGGCUUAUAGUAAAUGCAUGCUUGAUGCUGUGGUUGGAGUGUUUAUUCAGAUUAGUUGAAGGAAGCAGUAGACAUACUUAUCCGGCUUUAUAGGCUUAUUAAAUUAAGAUUAGGCUUAAACCAUAGCAACAACAUAACUUCUGAGACAGAAGCAUGAUUGGAUCUUUUCAAAGUUCUUGUUAAAUGGGAAUCCAGCCUUGGUCAUAAAAUAUUGUGUUGGAAAAGAUUUAAAAAAAAAAAAAGAAUGGUGAAAGUUUGAAAGAAAUUGGACAAGCAAUAAGAAAGUUAUGGCUGCUUUAAAAUUGAGAUCCCUAAGACUGUAGAUUUCAAAUUGUCAACUGGGUAUUAAGUAAAUUAUGACAAUAGGGGCAAGGGCAACUUUCCCAUAGGCCAUGUACUUUAUUAUCAGGGAUUUGUGGUUUUCUCUGUAGUACCCUUUCUCCUGGGGCAGUAAUCUAAAUAUAACCCAUGUGGUAUAUUAAAAAAAAUUUCAUGAAAGAAAAAUAUAAUUUGAAGUAAAACCUUUAAAAAAAUGACAUUUUAGCCAUUUUAUGUAUUGGAGUACAUAGAAGAGUAGUUUUUGCCUUACAUCACUAUGACAUCACAUAUGUGGCCAAUUUGAAGUCUUCCAUGGGUACAAUGAUUACCAAUAUCUACAACUUUCAAAAUUUCAUAACUUUCUUAUCGUUUGUCGGACAUUGUUCAGACUUUCAUCUAUCAACUUGUCUGAUUUUUCUUUUUCAUCUAAAAGCAAGUUUUUCUUUGGGUUAAAUUCCACUUUUUAUUGAAACAUACUUAAUCUUUACAAUGAAAUAUGUAUAGACCAUGGUUUCAAACCAGUUUCAUCUGUGAAUCUUGGGCCUAAGUUAUACCUAUAAUUUCCAUAUUUUCCAGAUCUCAUCAAUAUGAAAAAAUGAAACCGUAACCCUUAUAUAUACGCACAAACUUAUUCUCUUAUCUCCUACAUAUAAAUUAGCCUCUCUUUUGUACUAUUUCUGUGUGUGAUUUGCAUGCAAUUUUAACCAAUGUAUGAAAAUAGAUGGAGGCAUGUAUUUAAUUCAAUUUAUUUAUGACCUGUUUUAAUUUUGAUAGAUUCUGAUAGAUAUUCAUUUUGUUGCGAUGUUUCUUCAGUUCUUCAGAGUGUUCUUGUUGGUGUUAUCUGGAGAUAAUAUAUGUACUCAAUAAUGAUUGAAACACAUUGAUACAACAUAAAUUUUCAUUAAUAGCUAGUCUUACAUACAGAGUAUGACAAAUGCUGAUGAUGAUGAUCUAUCAUUUGACCAGUUAUUUAUUUGAUUAGUUUUAAUAGCUAGUUCUGGUCAUGUUCUUGAGACGAGGUUUAUCAAAUAAACAAGGAUCAACAUCACCAUCUUACCAGACCUGUAUCACUUUGCUAGGGUGUCAUAAUGAUAAACACAUUAGGCUGCACUUUGGAUGUGUAUAUUGAUACACUUUGAAAUGAUACUGGACCAAUACUGAUAGUUUCACCCUGCUUGUUCCCAUAAUACGGGAAAUAUCUACAUUUUGGUUUCAUAUUUCAUGAGGCUGGAGGCCGAAUGGAAUAUGGAACCAGGACGUAGAUAUUUCCUAUAUUUCAUAAUAACAAGCAGGGUAUAACAAUUUGACCUCUCCAAGUGUAUCCUUAUAAUUAUUGCAGAAUAAGGGAAAUCACCAGAAUAGAACUAAAAAACUGCAAACUCUGUGUUUUGAAAAAAAAAGAAAAUCAUUUAUGACAUCACACAAUGAUCACAGUAAAAAGAAUAAUGUGCAUUUUGCCACUAAAACUGAUGCAAAAAAUGGUUUUGUGCAGCGCGAUGCUUGAAUACGCAUGUAAUACGGUCUCAUAUUAUGUGGUUGAAAUCAGCACUGGGCAUGCACGUAACAAUGAAAACAAUAUUAAAACAACAACAGAUGAACAUCCAACAGGUAAUACGGGCUCAUAUUGCUCUUUCUUGACAAAGUAAAUGGGUUUUUCUCACAAACAAAUUGGCCAAUCAGAUUCCCGAAUUAAUGAAAAAAAUUGCCCACUAAGAGAUAAAAUGGUGUAUCAUGCAAGUGUCCUUAUUUUAAUACCUUCAAUUAAAUCUGCAGUCAUCUGGACAUAUGAAAGAAAAGUAGUCGUGGGGGGGGGGGGCACAUUCCAGUAGAUUUAGCAAUCAAUCCCAAGUCAACUUUUGUCAAGUUGUGAUUGAUAACUGUUCUACUUCUCUUGUAACAGAAUGAAUGAAUGGAACAGCUAUUGUUGAGAUAGAUGUCUGGUUUUUUGCAUCAGAAUAUCUUUUGUUAAAAUUUGAUCUCAUUAUUGCAAAUUUGCAAUCAAUAUCAAUGAAACUUCCUGUCAGUCUUUGUAAAGUCAUUGUCAAUGUUUUCUUAUUUAUUUUGUGUAAAAUAUCUUGUUGAAGAUGAUAUAUACAAAUUUUAUUGCAUCAUCAGAUGAUGAGGAUAUCUCCUUGGUGCUGAAUAAAAAAAUGUUAU